AUGCCUGAAUCAAACCCAAAUACACCUCCAGUUUCGCUACCAUAUGAACCUCAAUUAUUGUCUGAAUAUCCUUCUUUAAAUUUUGAAAAUCGCGUACUCACUUCACCUGCUAGUCCUACAGAUGAAGUGCGCGAUAAUUCUUCAUACCACAAGCGUUUUAGACGUUUAAAUAAUGAAGAAACGGCAAGAGAAGAUGAUACCGAUAGCACCGUAAAACUCACAGACACAGAGUUAGAAGAACUACCUCCUGGUGGUGAACUAAUAGAGAGUUCCUGCCACUUGCUGAGUAGUGUUUUUACGCACUUACAGUCCAAUUUGAAUAAACUGAACGAAAGCCACAAAAAAGCAUUAAAGCGUAUAGAACAAUUGGAAGAAAUUGUAGAAGAAUUAAGAAAAAAAUAA